GGAUCGGGGGGGGAUGGAGUGCGCAUCAGUUCCGCAAGUCACCCAGCGGGGUUAUCGAGCUUGGCAUUCUCGUCCAUUGGUUUGGACGUCAAGUCAGGAUCCCCAUCGUGACUCAUCCGUGAUUCGCUGGCCCGACGGGCCAGAGGCGUGCUGGAAUCUCCAGCAAGAGGCUCAGACUAUUUCUGCAUUCCCAGUUUGCGCGCGCGUGGCGGCCCUCUGUCGGGGCGCAACCAGGACGCGCGCCCCGGCAAGGCCCCGGGCAGGCCGGGCCAUAGACUGUGCGUCGGUCCUGGGCUCGGCUCGCAGGGCCCCCUCUGGGCAGCUCUGUGCAGCGGCCCAGGAGCGGAGAGCUGCGGCUGGCCGGCCCCAAUGAGCUCGGGGGUGGGCAGAACCCCCAACAGUGACACGUCGAUUAGUGAAUUGUCCGUUUUCGGUUCUCGAGAGAGCGCCGCGGCCGUUAGUUUCCAGGCUUGCGACAGGCGAUCGCAGCAUCCCCACGGGAUUUCCAUGCCAGCAGCGUCAGCGUCAGGAGGACAAGAAGCACGACGAGGAGGAGACGUUUGGUGGAGGUGGCUGGGGCGCAGGGGCGCGGGCGUCUCUGGGCGUUCGCCCUCUGGCCGGCUCGCCGCUCGCUCGAAGGUGGACCAGCGGGCCGCUCUGUUCGGCAGCAGGGGGAACGCGCCACCCAGAGGCAGCAAGGCCGACCACAGUGCAGACAGG